GACGUACCCUUCGAUCAUUGAUACUACGAUCUGACUGCAUUAUUGCAUUUGAGGGAGAAUGGCAAGGUGGACACUCUCGCUCUGGGUGCCGCUAUUGCUGGCGCUGGGCUGCGUUUGCGGGGAGGAAUACCAUCGACACACGAAUAACUGGGCGGUGAUUGUGGACACGUCUCGCUUCUGGAGUAACUACAGACACGUUGCCAAUGCUCUGUCACUCUACCACUCAGUCAAACGUCUCGGUAUUCCGGACAGUCAGGUCAGAGAACAAGCAUUGACAUGCACAACGCAGAGACUACUGCUCGCUGACGAUGUUGCCUUUGGAUGUUGCUGCGACUGCGAAUCACAUUGCAACUAAAUAGAUCAUCCUGAUGCUGGCGGACCAAAUGCCAUGCAAUGCUAGAAAUUGCUUUCCGGGACAAGUAUUCAACAGCCGAACGCAGAAGAUCAACCUCUACGGAAAGAACGUUGAGGUAGACUAUCGCGGCUCUGAGGUAUCGGUCGCCAACUUCAUCACCGUCCUAACGGGUCGCCACGAGCCUGGAACGCCCGCAUCGAAGAAGCUGGACACGGACGAGAACAGCAAUAUCUUCCUUUACAUGUCCGGGCACGGCGGCGACGGGUUCCUCAAAUUCCAGGACUUUGAAGAAAUGUCGAGCCAGGACCUCGCUGACUCGAUUCAGGAAAUGCACGUCAAGAAGCGCUACAACGAAAUCUUCUUCAUGGUCGACACAUGCCAAGCAGGAUCGCUGUCCAAUGCUCUCGAGUCGCCCAAAGUGGUGACCAUCGGCAGCUCGCAGACAGGCGAGAACUCGUACGCCCACCACUCCGACUUUGAGUUGGGGCUCUCGGUGAUCGAUCGCUUUACCUUCUCGACGCUGGACUACCUGCAGCGGAUGAAAGUCGGCGAUUCCAUCCGCAAUGGGACUCUCCGAGACCUCUUCAACUUCUACGACCCGAAAAUGCUUCUGUCAACUCCUGACUACCGGACUGACAUCUUAGGCCGCCCCAUUGACGAGGUACCCAUCACGGAUUUCCUCGGUUCAAUGCUGGACGUGCAUCUUCACUUCGACGACGAGGCGUAUCCGAUCGAACCCGCACCAAUUGAGACCACAGCUUGCAGCGCGGAGGCGUUGGAGAUAGAUGACCCCGUUAAGGUGCUUAACUCUCCUGCGCAGCUCAGCGGAACCUCGACUUCAGUGAACUUACAAAGCUUUGAAUUCAGCAACGAGUUUUUCCUCGGAGUCGCGGCUGCCGUGAUCGGCGCUGUGUUCGUAACCAUUAAAGCGAUCUAACAUAAAAACUAACAGUGUUUGAUCAAUGACUUUGUGGUUACUCAUCCUGAACUUCUCAAUUUCAGAGUACGACGAAAAUUAAAUCACUAACUGGGACAGCAUGAAGGAGGCAGCUUAGCCGUAUCCUCGCUGGCUGUGGUUGUUGGUGAGGUGUGCACGUCGAUACAUGGAGUUCGGGUGGUGCGGACUCGUUUCCUCCUCUUCGUCUUCGUCUCCCUCAUCCGGAUCUGGACUGAAUUCGUCUUCGAUGGAAGGUUGACUCCGCAUGAACAGGCGAACGAACAGGACCGCAAUACCGGAGAUCCAAAUAGGCGACGUGCAAAUGCUGAGCGCAAUAAGCAUCGGGCUCAGCAGCAUAACGAACGGCACACACACCACGGCAGUGAAGUGCCAGACGAUCAACGGGCGUAACUAGAUAUUGCAUAAGAAAACAUUUGAAAGCUAUCAAAUAACUCCAUGUAACCACGAGCACAUGACGCACAGACGAACCUUGGCAAACAACGUGGUUUCUU